AACUGAUCCAGGAUCACUAUUCACCCCCUUGACCAUGACCCCCACGAUUGCCAACCGAUCAGUCGGCCCGAUAGGGUUCGGCCUCAUGGGACUGACCUGGCGCCCCCAGCCAUCCUCAUAUGACGACGCAGUCAAGGUGAUGAAACGCGCCCUCGACCUCGGGGCCAACCUCUGGAACGGCGGCGAGAUGUACGGCCCACCCAACGCCAACUCCCUGCACCUGCUAGAAUACUACUUCACCCAGUAUCCCGAAGACAGCGACAAGGUGAUCAUCAGCAUCAAAGGAGCGGCAGGCGCCCACGGCCCCGACGGCAGCCCAGAGAACGUUCGCGCCAGCGUCGAGAACGGCCUGAAGAUCCUCGACGGCAAGGCCUUUAUCAGCAUUUUCGAACCCGCGCGCAUCGACCCCAACACUCCCAUCGAGACCACCAUCUCCAUCCUCAGCGAAUACGUCAAAGCCGGGAAGAUCGGCGGCAUCGGCCUCACCGAGUGUAACGAGCAGACACUGCGUCGAGCCCAUGCCAUCCACCCAAUCACCGCCGUUGAAGUCGAACUCUCGCUCUUCUCGACUAACCCGUUGCAUAACGGGGUCGCCGAGGCCUGUGCCGAGCUGGGAAUCGCCCUGGUCGCUUACUCGCCUCUUUCGCGCGGCUGGCUGACGGGGCAAGUCCGCUCGCUCGAUGAUCUCCCCGCCGAUGAUAUCCGGCGUCUGUUCCCUCGGUUUCAGCCUGAGGUGUUUCAUCUCAACUUGAGACUGGUCGAGGGUUUGGAGCAGAUUGCUGCAGAGAAGAAGGUGACUCUGGCUCAGACGGCUCUCGCGUGGGUGCGAGCCCAGAGUCGGGCCUCCGGUGCGCCGCUCAUUAUUCCCAUUCCGGGAUGCACCACUGUUGCCCGUGUGGAGGAGAACUUGGCGUCUGUGGAGUUGACGGCUGAGGAGGUGGAGAGAAUUGCGGUUAUCUUGGAGGAGAUUCCGGUGCAUGGGAAGAGGUAUCCGGAGAUGUGGGAACAGUAUAAUGAUUUGUGA